UGUCAUGUCACGCCCGCUACCGUGACAGCUUGCAGUGAACUCCUCCGGUGCUGCUGCUUUCUGCGUCAAAAAACAACCUUUCAGUGACCAGAUCUGACUGAAAAUGCUGUCCUACAUCAUCGGCCUUAUCCGAGGCGGCUUUGACAGCAUCAUCAACCUGAUCUUCAGACUUUUCUUCUCAAAGAAGCGACCUGCGCUCACCUUAGAGGACCCCAACGUUAAAUAUGCGCUGCGGCUGCUGGACAAACAGAUUGUCAGCCAUGACACAAGGAAGUUCCGCUUUGCCCUGCCUUCCCCUGAACACAUCCUCGGCCUCCCUGUCGGGCAGCAUAUCUAUUUGUCUGCGAGAAUAGACGGGAAGCUGGUCGUUCGUCCGUACACGCCGGUGUCCAGUGAUGAUGACAAAGGUUUUGUGGACCUGGUGGUGAAGAUUUACUUUAAAGAUGUCCAUCCUAAAUUCCCCGAGGGGGGGAAGAUGAGUCAGUACUUGGAGAGCCUCAGGAUCAACGACACUAUUGACUUCAGAGGACCCAGCGGUCUUCUUGUUUACAAAGGCAAAGGCGUUUUUGCAAUUCAACCAGAUAAAAAGUCCCCAGCUGAGACCACGACAGCCAAACAUGUCGGCAUGAUCGCUGGAGGGACAGGGAUCACUCCCAUGUUGCAGCUCAUCACAGCUGUGAUGAAGGAUCCUCAGGACCAGACGGUGUGUCACCUACUGUUUGCUAACCAGACGGAGAAAGACAUCCUGUUGAGACCAGAGUUGGAAGAGAUUCAAGUCAAUAAUCCGGACCGGUUCAAGCUGUGGUUCACCGUGGACAGAGCACCUGAAGGCUGGGAAUACAGCCAAGGCUUCAUCAGUGAAGACAUGGUGAGGGAACACCUGCCGCCUCCAAGUGAUGACACUCUGAUCCUGAUGUGUGGUCCUCCGCCAAUGAUCCAGUUCGCUUGCAACCCCAAUCUGGACAAAGUCGGCCACGCCAGCAGCCGCAGGUUCACCUUCUAGACAUCCGUCCACAUCGAGGAAAGGAGGUUUGGGCAUAAUAGGCCGUUUGUUUAUUAUACGCUCUACCCUGAAAGCAUUAAAGCACUCAUAUAGUUGCAGUGGGUAUUGCACUAGGUAUACUCUAUUUAUGCCAUGAUAUUGAUCAUGCAGCAGAAUUACAGCACGGACCAAUAAAUGUAAUCAGGAAGUGUAAUGAAAGGGGUGGCAAAUGGUACAUAUUUGGGCUUGUUUGAGACUGAAAAAAGUAAGAAGAGCAGAUGAUGUAAGUAAAAAUGUUUUGAUGGAGAGCUUGAAAAUGAGGAUGUGAUUCCAACUCUGUUUCAAACAAUAUCAGAGGAGUUGAGGUUUACUGGCUGCUUACUGAGUGCCUUAACACUUGCAAAGCUUUUUUUAUGCACAGUAUAAGAUUUGUGACCACUGGCUUCAUCUACACAGAAUUAUAUUCAUUAUUCCAUUACUGCUGUUGCGAAUGUUUUACAGUUACAUCUGCCCCUCUAUAUCUGUUGUUAUGUCAAAGAUGUCAAUAUUUGCUAAAACAUGUUAAGUGAUUUUUUGGAACGUGAUGUGGUUACUAAUAAGUCUUUGCUGCAAGUCUGGCAACAGUGGCUCAUCGUGUUUGAAUAUGCAACAUUAAAAAAAUGCUACUGAA